AUGGCCCACCAGACGCCCGCCGUUGUCAUGGACAACGGCACGGGUUUCUCAAAGCUCGGUUUCGCCGGCAACGACUCCCCUUCCUUCGUCUUUCCGACCGCGAUCGCCACCAAGGGUCCUGCCAGCGGUGCAGGUGGCACUGGUUCCGGCCGCCCGGCUGUUGCCAACAAGCCCUCUUUCUUGACCGGCGGUGCUGGUCCGGCUGGCCAUCUCUCCACGAAACGAGGCACUGAGGAUCUCGACUUCUUUAUCGGGGACGAAGCCGUGAGCGCGGCUAACGGGCCAGGUUACGGACUGCACUAUCCCAUCCGGCACGGCCAGAUCGAGAACUGGGACCACAUGGAGAGGUUCUGGUCCAACUCGAUCUUCAAGUACCUGCGCGUCGAGCCGGAGGACCACCACUUCCUCUUGACUGAGCCUCCCUUGAACCCUCCAGAGAACCGAGAGAACACCGCCGAGAUCUUCUUCGAGUCUUUCAACUGCGCCGGUCUCUACAUUGCCGUACAAGCUGUACUCGCGCUUGCUGCCUCAUGGACGUCCUCCAAGGUAUCGGACCGCUCGCUUACCGGCACCGUCAUCGACUCUGGUGAUGGUGUAACGCACGUCAUCCCUGUCGCUGAGGGCUAUGUCAUUGGAUCGUCCAUCAAAUCGAUACCCAUCGCCGGUCGCGACCUUACGUACUUUGUGCAGUCGCUGCUGAGAGAUCGUGGAGAGCCCGACAGCUCGCUCAAGACCGCGCAGGAGAUCAAGGAGGAAUACUGCUACGUGUGCCCCGACAUCGUCAAGGAGUUCUCCAAGUUCGACCGCGACCCGACUCGCUUCGCCAAGCACACCGUCCGCCACCCCGGCGGCCGCGAGGUCACUAUUGAUGUCGGCUACGAGCGUUUCCUCGCACCCGAGGUCUUCUUCAACCCCGAGAUCUACUCGUCCGACUUCUUGACGCCGCUGCCCGUCGUCGUCGACAAUGUCAUCCAGCAGAGCCCCAUCGAUGUCAGGCGUGGUCUGUACAAGAACAUUGUUCUCUCCGGAGGCAGCACGCUCUACAAGGACUUUGGCCGCAGAUUACAACGCGAUAUCAAGCACCUGGUGGAUGCGAGGAUCAAGGCUAGCGAGGUCCGCAGCCGUGGCGCCAAGAGUGGCGGUCUGGAGGUGCAGGUUAUUUCGCACAAGCGCCAGCGACACGGCCCGUGGUUUGGAGGCAGUCUGCUGGGCCAGACACCCGAGUUCCGCUCGUACUGCCACACCAAGGCGGAGUACCAAGAAUAUGGACCUGGCAUCGUGCGGCGCUUUGCUCUUCUGGGCGGCCCCGGUGGUAAUUAG